ACAAUGAGAGGAGUGAAAUGCAACUCCACAGAGUUAUACAGAAAACAUGAGACUCAAUGUUGUGCUAAUUCUGAAAAUUUUCUCAUGUUUCUGUAUGCAGUCAUUUUUAUCUUCCUCUCAUGCACAAGCCCUAGAUUUUCCUGUAAUGCUCCAGCAAGGGCAACUGCUACCCGAUCAAGAUAAGAAUUUUCUUGUUUCGGAAAAUGGCGGUUUCUUCAAGCUAGGGUUCUUGAGUCCUGGAACUUCAAGUGCUUCCGGUGCCACCAGCGAUCGUUACUUGGGUAUAUUUUACACAAGGCUUCCAAGUCAUCCAGAUGCAGUGUGGUUGGCUAACCCUAAAACUCCGAUCAGCGAUUCAUCGGGUGUUUUCACAUUGGAUAGUGAUGGAAAGUUGAAGAUUAUGUACAGUGGGGGGGAAAUAUCUGUGUCAGAUUCCAAUCAAACAGUUUCAGGUAAUGUGACUGCCUCUUUACUAGACACAGGAAAUCUUGUGUUACAAGAAUUUGCUUCCAAUGGAGCAUUCGGAAGCGUUUUAUGGCAAAGUUUUGAUCAUCCGACCAACACAUUGUUGCCCGGAAUGAAAUUAGGCAUGAACUUCAAGACAGGACAGAAUUGGACACUUUUUUCAUGGUUGAGUGAUCAAGUCCCUGAGCCAGGCGCUUUCAAGCUAGGCAUGGAUCCUGGUGCCGCCGACCAACUGGUCAUCUGGCGGCGAGGGGAUGUGUACUGGACUAGUGGUGUAUGGAAAAAUGGUAGUUUUCGAGGAUCCCCUGAAUUGACAAGAAGGGUUGAUUUGUUUGAGUUUACUUUUGUUUCAAGCAAAGAGGAGAAGUACUUUUCUUAUUCCGUGAAAAAUACUUCAACAUAUUCAAGGUGGGAACUGAGUUUACAGGGGCAAAUUUCGCAGUCCAUUUUAGCCCCAAACAAGACUACUUGGGAGAGCACAGUUACCGGUCCAUGCAAAUUGAACAUGAAUUAUCCGGAUGCAAUGUGCAUAGAGGAGAAGAUUACAGAAUGCAGGAACGGUUCUGAGCUGUUUGUGCCGAUAAGAGGUUAUUUUGCUGCGGUCAAAUUCCUAUACGAUGAUGACGAUACUAGCUUGGCUAUUAGCGAUUGUCAUGCUGCCUGCUGGAGAAACUGCACCUGUAUCGGAUAUGAAAGUUUGUAUACCGACAAUGGGACUGGAUGUGUGUAUAUGAUGGAAGGAGCAAAAUUUGAAGAGAAUGAUUACUAUGGCUUUACUUAUAUCCUUACUAUAGGGAGGAAUAGUAGCAAAGAUGGAACUCCUACUGAAGAAGGAAAAAAAAUCGGAUCAGCAGGAAGUGUAGCGAAAAAAUGGUGGAUAUGGUUUAUCAUAAGCAUUACACUUUCUGUGACAGUGCUACUUUUAGGUUACUUGUGCUACAUAAGGAAAAUCAAACGUAGAUUCAUGCAACACACCGGCCAAGAGCAAGGAUUAAGUGAGUUGAGAUGUCAAAUUACCAGAAUCGGCAAUGUACACAGGCUCAAACUAGGCAAAAGUAUAGGCCAGGAGUUUCAGAUGUUCAGUUUCUCUGGAAUAGUAGCUGCAACGAAUAAUUUCUCAUCUGGCAGCAAGCUCGGAGAGGGUGGUUUUGGACCAGUUUACAAGGGUGUGUUACCAGAUGGCCAACAGGUAGCAGUAAAGAGACUAGCAAGAAAUUCGGGACAGGGACUAGAAGAAUUAAGGAACGAGAUUACACUUAUAGCUGAACUUCAACACAGAAAUCUUGUUCGGAUUCUUGGUUGUUGCAUUCAAGGAGAAGAGAAGAUUUUGAUCUAUGAGUACCUGACGAAUGCAAGCUUGGAUGCCUUCCUUUUCGAUUCAACUAAAGGGAAGCAUUUAGAUUGGCAACAACGUGUGAACAUAAUCGAAGGGAUUGCGCAAGGACUUCUCUAUCUUCACAAGUAUUCUAGAGUUAGAAUCAUACACAGAGAUUUGAAAGCUAGCAACAUAUUACUUGACGGAAACAUGAAUCCUAAGAUAUCAGAUUUUGGAAUGGCCAGAAUUUUCGAACAUAAUGAAUCCACAUCAAAGACGAAGAGAAUUGUAGGAACAUACGGUUAUAUGCCUCCGGAGUAUGUCAUGAAAGGCAUUUUCUCUGACAAGUCCGACGUUUACAGCUUCGGAGUUCUAUUGCUGGAGAUUGUGAGUGGCAAAAAGAACACUGUUUUCGUUUCAUCUACUGCUGGUAGCCUUGUUGUACUGGCUUGGGAUUCGUGGAAACAAGGUGACACUCAAGAGCUAAAGGACACGUCGUUAGACUCGUGCCCUGAAGACGAAGUUUUGAAGUUUAUUCAUUUGAGUCUGCUAUGUGUGCAAGAGUAUGCAACAGAUAGACCUACCAUGGCAGAAGUCAUAUCCAUGCUCACAAGCGAUUCCACGUUUUUCCCUGAUCCGAAACAACCUGCAUACUACAUUUCGAGAAGUGAAGUUGGGCCAUCGAGGCCUGAUGGGAGGCGGCCGGACAUGGGUUCAGCAGAUUAUGUGCCUAUAACUGUGAUGGAAGCCAGUUUCUCCUUACGUGUCAUUAUAUCAUUAGCACGAAACAUUAUUCCGAUGGCUGCACGGAGAAGCUUUCUGCUGCUGUUUUUCUCAUGUUUCUUCAUGCAGUAUCUUCCCCCUUGUUAUGCAGAAAUAGUGCUGUACACGCUCAAGCAAGGGGAGCAGCUACGGGACCAGGAAAGCGAUCACCUCGUUUCUCAGCGCGGUGACUUCAAGCUAGGGUUCUUCAGUCCCGGCGCUUCGAGUAACCUGGGUGCUACGAGCAAUCGGUUCUUGGGAAUAUGGUAUAGCAAACUACCAAAUCAUCCGGAUGCGGUGUGGGUGGGAAACCCUGAAACUCCGGUCGUGGAUUCAUCUGGAGUGUUUGUGUUGGAUAGUGAUGGGAAAAUGAAGAUCAAACAUGGUGGAGGGGAGAUUAUUGUAUGGGAUUACAAUCAGACAGCUUCCGGUAAUGUGACUGGUUAUAUGAUGGAUACCGGAAACUUUAUGUUAAGAGAGGUAGCAUCGGAUGGAACACCUGGAAAGAUUUUAUGGGAAAGUUUUGAUUAUCCAUCAAACACAUUGUUACCUGGAAUGAAGUUAGGGUUGGACCUUAGGACCGGGCGUAAUCGAACAAUUUCUUCAUGGUUCAGCGAUCAAGUGCCUACGCCAGGUGCUUUCAGGCUUAGUGUGGAUCCCAGUAGCACCAACCGGUUAAUCAUCUGGCGGCGAGACGUUGUAUACUGGACCAGUGGGAUCUGGGAAAGUGGAAGUUUUCAGAGGGCCCCUGAACUCACAAGCAGGGCUGAUUUGUUCGAGUUCAAUUUUGUUUCAAAUGCAGAGGAGAAGUACUUCACUUAUACUGUUAAAAACAACUCAACUCUUUCGAGAUGGGAACUCAAUACUUGGGGCCAACUCAUGCAGUCAAUUUUAGGCUCAGACGGUACUACAUGGGAAACCACAGCUACAAGUCCAUGUACGUCCAACCCAAAUUAUCUGGAUGCAGUGUGCAUAAAGCAGACGACCUCUGAAUGCAGGAAUGGUUCUGAGCUAUUUCUACCGAUGAGAGGCUACUCAGGUGAUGCUAAGUUGACGUAUAAUGAUAGUAAUACUAACUUGGAUCUUAGCGAUUGUCACGCAACUUGCUGGAGUGAUUGCACCUGUGUCGGCUACGGACCUUUAUAUCACAAUGGGUCUGGAUGUCUGUAUAUGAGAGAAGGAGUACAUUAUGUCAAGAGCGAUUACUUUGGAGUUAAUUACUUCGCUACUAUAGCAAAUAAUAGCAGAGAUGGAGCACCUACCGAAAAAGGAAGUACAAAGAGAGAAUGGUGGAUAUGGUGUAUCGUAGGCAUUGUAAUUGCAGUGGCACUGCUACUUUUGGGGUACUUCUGCUACACAAGGAAAAGAAAACUUCAACAAGUGCAACAAACUGACAAGGCAGAAACAAUCCAAGAGCAAGGAUUACUUGACUUGGGAUCCCAAAUCAACGGAUUGGGUGACAUUUUCAAACUCAAAUUCGGCAAAAGCCGAGGGCUGGAGUUUAAGAUGUUCAGUUUUCCUGAAUUAGUGACUGCAACAGAUGACUUCUCAUUUGCCCGAAGACUAGGAGAGGGUGGUUUUGGACCGGUCUACAAGGGUGUAUUACCAGACGGGCAACAGGUAGCAGUAAAGAGACUUGCAAGACAUUCAGGACAAGGAUUGGAAGAAUUCAUGAAUGAGAUAACACUUAUAGCUGAACUUCAACAUAGUAAUCUUGUUCGGCUUUUGGGUUGUUGCAUUCAAGGAGAAGAGAAAAUUCUGAUCUAUGAAUACCUGACAAAUACAAGCUUGGAUGCGUUCCUCUUUGAUUCCACUAGAGUGUAUCUCUUAGAUUGGCAGAGGCGCAUCAACAUCAUUGAAGGGAUUGCACAAGGACUUCUUUAUCUUCAUAAGCACUCUCGAGUAAGAGUCAUACACAGAGAUCUGAAAGCUAGCAACAUUUUACUCGACGAAAGCAUGAAACCUAAGAUAUCAGACUUUGGAAUGGCCAGAAUCUUUGGACAGAAUGAGUCCAGAGCAAAUACAAACAGAGUUGUAGGAACAUACGGCUAUAUGUCUCCAGAAUAUGCCAUGAAUGGCAUUUUCUCCGAGAAGUCUGAUGUAUACAGCUUUGGAGUUUUACUGCUAGAGAUCGUUAGUGGCAGAAAGAACACUGUUUUUGUUUCAUCUACUAAUCUCAGCCUUAUUGAACUUGCUUGGGGCUUAUGGAAACAAGGUGACUGUCUAGAGAUAAGGGACACAUCAAUGGACUCGUGCCCAAAUGACGAAGUUUCGAAAUAUGUUCAUGUUGGUCUGCUAUGUGCGCAAGAAUACGUAGCAGAUAGACCUACCAUGUCAGAAGUCCUAUCCAUGCUCACAAGUGAUAUCAUCUUUUUACCUGAUCCAAAACAACCUGCAUUCUGCGUCUCAAAAAGUGAAUCCGGAUCAUCACAAGCUGAAAGGUCGGAUAUGGGUUCAUCAAAUGGUCUAUCUAUAACUGUCAUGGAACCUAGAUAAAGAAUCUAACUUCACAUUCCAUCCGAUAGUAUUCAUUAUUGAAAUAUGAAUUUUACAAAUGUAAUGCGACGCAGGGAAAAUCCCGUUAAGUGUAGGAAGUUUUCAGAUUCAUUCUUGCCACAAAAGGCUGUUUCUUUGCUUUUUAAUGAAUAUUUGUAAAUUCGUGAAA